ACUACAGUUCAGUUUUUGAUUAAAUUACGGCUGUAAAUAAUUUUUGACGAGUUGUUUGAUCGGUAACACUAACAAUGAAAUUAACAUCACACAUUUUAAUUAUUAUUCAAGCACUGAAUUUUUUGAUACUAACGAUAAAUCCAUAUGCUAUAUCACCCCACAAAGAGUCAAUAAAUAGAGAGCUCGAUCCGACAAAUUAUUUUGAACCGGGACAACAGAUUAAUAUAACCCGAAGAUCUCUGGCUGUCAAAGAUAAAAUAUUCCUAUGGGAUGACGGUAUUAUUCCGUAUGAAAUCCGAGACAUAUUCAAUGGAACAGAACGCAAAUUAAUUAAACAAGCAAUGAGACACUGGGAACAAUCGACUUGCAUUAAUUUUGUGGAAAGAAACAAAAGAGAUGAUGAUUCUUAUUUACUGUUCACUAAAUUAGGCUGCGGGUGCUGUUCAGUAAUUGGCAGACAAGGUAUUAGAAAAAAUCCUAUUAGUAUAGACGAUGGAUGUGCUGAAUUUGGAACGGUUCUUCACGAACUGGGCCAUGCGAUAGGUUUCUAUCAUGAACAAAACCGUCCAGAUCGUGAUGAUUAUGUUGAAAUAAAUCAGGAUGCUAUUCAAAAAGGUUUUGAAUUUAAAUUUGAAACAGUUGAUGCGAUUGAUGGAAAUUCUAUGAAUCAGCCUUACGAUUACUUAUCGAUAAUGCAUUAUCCACCGUUCGCAUUAACCAACGAACCAAAUACCAAAACCAUUGUACCAAAACGAAAAAUUGACGGACAAAUACCAGAAAUUGGUCAGAGGAUAGGAAUCAGUAGCGGUGAUAUUACUGCGACAAAUUUAUUGUACAAUUGUCCAAUAUGCGGAGGUACAUUGUUUGAAGCUAAGGGUAUUUUCAGUACACCAUUAAAACUAAAUAAUUCGAAGAAAGAUUUUGAGUAUUGUCAGUGGACAAUCAGGGCUGCUCAAGGUGAAAAAAUUAAACUCGCCAUCACACUACUGAAUAUUAACAAGACUCCUAAUUGCUUAACUGAUUACUUGGAAAUUCGUAAUGGCUACCAGACCGAUAGUACUGUCGUAGGUCGUUACUGUGGAGAUGUUGGACCGGUCACUACUAUUGCGAGUAAUUUUGUAUUCGUAACAUUACUGAGAUCUCCAUUUCAAAACCAUCGUCCAGGUUUUAUAUUGGAAUACCAGACUGUUUGCGGCGGUGAUAUUCAUUUAGAAAGUAAUGAUACUUAUUAUUUAGAAUCACCAAAUUAUCCAGAAUCAUACGAUCCGAAUAAACAGUGCCAUUGGCUCAUCAAGGCUCCUUACAAGCAUUAUAUAGUAAUUAAAUUUAAUUACUUUGAACUUGAAGAAAGUACUGGUUGUAAAAAUGAUUUUUUGGAUGUACGAGCGGCUGGAAAUGAAAAUGCGCCAAUUAUUGGAAGUUACUGUGGUAGAAAAGACCGAUUAGAAAUAGCUACUAUGAUGAAUAGUAUUGUCUUAACGUUUGUUUCCAAUGGAUCGAAAGAAGCGGGAGGUUUUUCUGCCGCUAUUUCUGUGAAACCAAUCAACAAUGAUAAUUGGUCGCUUGAAUAG